CGACGAUCUGGCAGUUACGCGCAGUUCGUUGCACCUGCCCUGUUUUGAAGCUUAAGUGGCAAGAGCUAUAAAAGCCCUAAAGUGUACUUACGUUUCCUCUGCCGCCUUCGGUCUGUCGCCAUGUUCGCCACUGCCGGUGAAGACGUCCAACUUUGGUCCUCCUCGACGCUGCAACCGUGCUUGCGCUUCAACGUUGACAAGGCUCGGACGGUUUCGAGCGUCUCGUGGACAGCUGACGGGCAGCGGCUGGCCUCUAUCUCACAGUUAUGCGACUAUGUGAACAUCACAGAGUUCACCAGUAGUAAGCACAGGCACGUGCAGACGAGGGUUCAGGGCCCGUGCGUGUGUUGUCAGUUUAGCCACCAGGACAGCCACACCAUGUGCGUUGGUCUCUUGGAUGGCACUGUGCAGCUGCUCAAGAACGGCAAGACCUCAUACUCCUACCGGCCACACAAGGAGAAGGUGACACGGAUCUCGUUCAACAGCAAUGACAGCUUUGUGGCGAGCGGGGCGUAUGACGGCAGCGUGGCCCUACUGUCUCUGGACAUCAAGAGCACCAAGAUGCUCAAUGAACCAACCGGAAAGGCGGUGGUUGGGUUGCAGUGGUCACCGCACAGUCGCUUCAAGCUGGUGACCACUGCGAUGGAUGGCUUGCUCUACAUCUGGGACACAAGCAGCAGGCGCUUGAAGAGCUGGCACUGCCUGCAUCCCCGGCUUGGUGCGAGCAGCCUGACGCUGUCACCUGUAAGCGAGUCGCUGGUGAUCACAGCCGGCUACGACGGCCGCCUAGUCCUGUUCGACAUGCGCAUGGCCAGGGAGGAGGCAUUCGUGCGCACACUAGAGACCCUGGAGUCUGUUGCAUUCCUGCCGGAUGGUCAGCGAGUGGUAGGCGGGGCCACGUCGGGGAGCGUCUACCUGUACGACCUGCGUAACAUCCGGCGGACGCCACCCAGCGUUCUUGGCACCCACACAAAGCCCGUCACGGCCAUAGCGGCCAUGCACAGCGUACAGGCAGAGGAGCAGAUGAUGGCGUUUGUGAGUGCCAGUGCUGCCAGUGAGAAAAGUUUACCUACCUCCAGCAGUGGUCGAGUGCAGCAAGCAAUCGAUGCUCCACUCUGGUUUCUCCGCGGCUCGGAUAUGAAGGCUGCGGGUGAUCUGGGGAUGGAUUUGACACAAAGUGCUGGGAACUCAUUAACCAACCCCAGAGAUGCACCCAAACCUGCUCUCUCACCUGGUGAAGUCAUCCAGGAGGCGGCACAUUCUUGGAACCUGGAUGAAUCGUGGGCUUCCAUGCACAGCUCAAGCAGAAGUUCCCUAUACCCACGUGUUCGCCUAAGUGACAUUAUGCCUGUGCAUGAUGAUUCAUUGCCAGGCCCCGAGACGGAGACCCAGGCAGCAGCUGCUCUUGCAUCGUCGCCCCACACGAAUGGUGCAUCGGGUUCAUUGCCCAACAGUGACCCAGCAAGUCUGGACGCUUCUUUGGCAUUGAGCAAGUCCAUGCCAUCAACGCCCAAAGAGACCUCGCAAAACAUACAGGUGGAGGGGGCAACUGCGAUGGGCAUGGAGAGACCGCCCAAUGAUCCCGCAAUGGCAGAGCGCUUUCGUCGUCUAGAAGACCUGAUGGCAAGCCAUAUGCAGAAAAUGGAAGACCUGUUGGCUGAGCAGAAGCGCCACAUUGAUGCACACCUGCGUGACAUCUACAUCCAGGUGAUGCUGAUGGGGCACUCCUUCAUGGGCAUGGAGAGACCGCCCAAUGAUCCCACACUGGCAGAGCGCUUGCGUCGUCUAGAAGACCUGAUGGCAAGCCACAUGCAGCAUACGGAAUACCUCUUAGCUGAGCAGAAGCGCUACAUUGAUGCACACUUGCAUCACACCCACAUCCAAGUGACGCUCAUCGGGCAAUCAUUCAUGCAGGACACACGAGUCAUGCUCCGGGAGGUAUUGAAUGAAGUGAUGGGGCUGCGAGCCGAAAUGGCAGAACUGCGCAAUGCCCUUUAGUGCACUGGGUGCAGCCAGUGUCCUUUUAAAUAGUCUUGUUUACCAUUUUAUGUUUUACUUGUAUUAAAGAUGCCUA